AUGUCACUCACACUAGCACGCCGUGCCCUCGCGGCCCCAACACUCCCACGAGCUCUCCCCAUCAUCGCUCGCCAAGCACUCGUACACUCCUCAUCACCAGUUCUCAGCUCCCAGCACCAGUCCCGACCACUCUCGUCAACCCCCCGAAAUGCCCUCCGAAACACAUCUCCAAGCCGCCUCCCAGCGAGCAGCGGCCUCGGCGGUGGCUUUCCCCCAACAUACUUCCAGCAGCGAGCUUCCCUCCCAAUGAACACAAUCAUCCGCUUCGUCCCCCAGCAAACCGCCUGGAUCGUCGAGCGCAUGGGCAAGUUCAAUAGAAUUCUCCAACCCGGCCUGGCAAUCCUGAUACCGUUUAUCGACCGAAUCGCCUACGUCAAGUCCCUCAAGGAAGUCGCCAUCGAGAUCCCCUCCCAAUCCGCCAUCACAGCCGACAAUGUCACCCUCGAGCUCGACGGUGUCUUGUACACCAGAGUCUUUGACGCAUACAAGGCCAGCUAUGGAGUAGAAGACGCCGAGUACGCGAUCUCCCAACUAGCCCAAACAACAAUGCGUUCCGAAAUCGGCCAGCUCACCCUCGAUCACGUCCUCAAGGAGCGCGCCGCCCUCAACAUCAACAUCACGGCCGCCAUUAACGAGGCUGCCCAAGCCUGGGGCGUCACCUGCCUCCGCUACGAAAUCCGCGACAUCCACGCCCCUAAGCCCGUCGUGGAAGCCAUGCACCGCCAGGUGACCGCCGAGCGUUCCAAGCGCGCCGAAAUUCUUGAUUCCGAAGGUCAGAGGCAAUCAGCUAUCAACAUUGCCGAGGGUCAGAAACAAUCUGCUAUUCUUGCGUCGGAGGCUCUCAAGGCGGAGAAGAUCAACAGGGCUAUGGGUGAGGCUGAGGCGAUCUUGCUGAGGGCAAAGGCCACGGCCGCGGGGAUUGAGGCAGUGGCCAAGGCGAUUCAGGACGGACAAGGGGCGGCGCAGAAUGCGGUUAGUUUGAGUGUGGCGGAGAAGUAUGUGGAUGCGUUUGGGAAGCUGGCCAAGGAGGGGACCGCGGUGGUGGUGCCGGGGAAUGUGGGGGAUUUGGGGGGCAUGAUUGCUACUGCCAUGGGGGUGUAUGGGAAGGUUAGUGAGGGGCAGCAGAAGGGGUUGGAGGCGGCGCAGGCGAGGAAGUUGUUGCAGGAGCAGCAGGAGGUCAAGGCCUAGGAUGGCCAUGACAAGAAGGGGAAGUUUAAAGAACUGAAUGCGGAUAAGAAGUUGAUGCAAGAGGUGAAGAAAUUUCUGGAGCAGCCGCCCCCCAAGGAUCCCAAGGAGGAGGCGGCGAGGUUGAGGGCAAGGUUGAGGGCAUUGGUGUAUGAGUAUGGGGCUUAAUUGUUUCUUGUAGGCGGUGAUGGGCCACAUCGAAGCGGAUAGGAUGGGAUGGUUUCCCACAGCGAAAAAAAGGGAGGGUGAAAUGAUGGUAUGAUAGGGUUGACGUUUUGUUUAGUUGUACAAAGUAAGGACGCACAACUUUCUACUCAGUAUUAGAGAUGUAAGAAGAGACAAAAAUAGAGAAUCAUGA